AUGAAUUCUCUUGAAACCGUUGGUUACAUCGAGCAUGACGGUCUUUUCCUUGCAUUUACUCUUGAACCAAGCAAGGACAACAAAAAACACCCUUGUAUCCCUUUCGGUACAUUUAAUAUCAUGCGUGAAUAUCCAUCUUCUAAAUUCGGUAUGGUACCUGCUUUGAUGAAAGUUCCUUAUCGUACUGGCAUACUUAUCCACUCUGGGAAUGUUGCGUCUCAGUCUCAAGGCUGCAUAUUAGUCGGUGAUGAUAUAGAAAAUAGUCCUCGUGGCUGCCAUUUUAUCACCCAUUCCAAAGUUACACUUUCUAUGUUACACUGGAAGUUCGGUUUUAUCUCGUUCGGUUCUCAUGGAGGAAAGGUUCUUAACUCAUUCGCUGCAACUAAAUAUGUAUGUAAGUAUAUUCGUAAAGACGCUCAGUCUAUAGAUGAUGAAAAUAAACUUCCUGUAUCUAUUCGCCCUUUCUCACCUCUUAUCUCCAAUGGUAUAGGCUUUCACGUUUAUAAGGAUUUGAGCGAAAAUGAUAUAUUAGAUCUCUUCCGCAAAGGUUCUGUUACUCUCUUGGACGCUGCAGGUAACCCUAAAGUAUUUCCUAUUCCUACGUAUUACAGGCGUAAACUACUCUACGAUGUUUCCCGUAUCUACUCCGUUGAUAGUUCUCAGUUCGCAGACACAGAGCAAUUAGACGGUGUAAACCGAUUUUACUAUGAUGUUCAGUCUAUGCAGUUGCAAGAGUUCUCUCAGGAGUACAAGGAUUUCAUUUCCUCCGCUAAACUCUAUGAUAUUAAAACCAAUUUUCGCCUUAUUCCGAAAAAGAUAUACUAUAAUGUCCGUUAUGAGGAGUAUCUUAAUGCAGUUAAGUACACUCGUGACGCUCUUAUUAACAUAUUGUCUAACUUCAAAAACAUUAUUACUGAUGACAAAAUUUCUCAAAUUGCUGCGGUUACUCAUAGAAAUUAUCCCGCUGCUCAUGUCCUUUUUCAAUCUCUGCAAGCCGAGUUCAGGUGCGACAACUUCACCCGAGCCAGUGAGUACAUCGGAUUCUACCGAUGCCGAUUCAUUCCCUAUACCCUCUUAGCACAUGAUAACAAUUUCCAUGCUGCCACUGUUCAUGCAUCUGAUUACUCGGAAAAUGAACUACACAAAAUUGCUCCUGAUGUUGUACAUUACGAGCAUGAUGAGUUUAAACCCUCCGUUCGUCUCCGUUCUCUUCCUGAUGGUAAGGUUGAGAAGAUUCUUGAAGAUGAAAUUGUAAUUCCGCAGGAUAUUUCUGCCGAUUCCCUCUCUGUUGAAUCUCUCAACCAAGCAGGAGUUAACCUCGUUGAAGUUCCUUCAAACUUCAUAAAUCCUACCGUCGAGCAGCAGACUGCAAACGGUCUAACGAUUGUUAAUCAAAUUGUAAAUUCCGAGUACGCUGCACAUGCUGCACCUGUUCCUGAACCAUCUCCAACUCCAACUCCAACUCCUAACGAAUAA